AGACAAUUCGAAUAUCGUGUCACUAUAUCAUAGAUACGAAUAGAGGCACAGAAAGCUGCAGUUGAUGCAAGCUUCAGGGAACCUUUCGCCUGACGUCGUUGGAUCGACCUCCGCGAGACCUCCGCAACUACUCCUACCAUGACCUCCACCAACCCAACCCUCGACGACGAACUCACCUCCAUCAACUCCAUAUUUAACGAAUCAACCUUGACGCCAAUCUCCGAAGAUCCUCUAAUAUGCACCCUGACGCUCCCCUCCCUCCCCUCCGUCUCCCUGCGCCUCGAAUUUCCCCCCUCCUACCCUGACGCCCCUCCCUCAAUCCUCGGCACCCAAACCGUCGGCGACGACAUCCCAAAGGGCGUAGGAACCCACAUCGUCGACAUCGCCCGCGCCACCCUCGCGGAAAUAUACACAAUCGGCGAACCCUGCAUCUACGACCUCCUCGAAGAGCUGCGGGAGGCGCUCGAAAAGGCGCAGGACGACGGGAGAUUGGGGAUUCACGAGCACGAGCACGAGCACGAGAUCCAAGAGGAUCUGAGCAGUAGAAGAGCUAGGGACGAAGCAGCUGUGGAAGGGUUGGGGGAGGCUCCGCCCUGGACCCUCGCGCCCCCGAUCUCAGAGAAGAAAUCGGUCUUCCUCGCGCGCGUCGCGCGUGUCGACUCACCCGCACAAGCGAAAUUGUUUCUAGCGCAUCUACUUGCGACGGAUAAAAAGGCGGCGAAGGCGACGCACAACAUCACUGCGUGGCGGAUACGGGGGUCAGAUAACGCGCAUGCGGGGGCGGAUAUCACGUAUCAAGACUGCGAUGACGAUGGCGAGACGGCGGCGGGAGGGCGGGUGCUGCAUCUCAUGCAGCUGAUGGAUGUAUGGGAUGUUAUGGUGGUGGUGACGAGGUGGUAUGGGGGUGUGCAUUUGGGGCCGGAUCGGUUUCGGAUAAUUAACAGCGCGGCAAGGGAGGCAUUGGUGUUGGGGGGUUUUGUUAAAGGGGAGGCGGAGGGGAAGGGGAGGAAGAAACCUUGAGAUAUCGAAGAGCUGAUAGGAUCAUUCCCGAUAUUCUGGAUGUGUGUCGAAGCACCUCAUGCAGCGGCAAGACAUUGUACACAGAUACGGUGGAGAGAGCACAUCGCCAGGAUAUCGAGAAGCAUGUUGAAGGACUUCAUGCAGCGGCAAAGCGCUGUACGCAGAUGGAGUGGAAAUGUUGUUUAGUCGACAUCCUGAAAAUCUGAUGAAGUACCUCAGACGCUGCUAAAGCACUGCACAUAGACUCAAUCGAGCAACACCUUAUACAUU